ACAUUUCAAACUGCAACGGCGAAGUAACAACAACUGAUUAAAAAACAAUCAAAUUUUAAGUCAUUUGUUUGCUGGAUGUAUUAUGUAUUGUUUUUAAUUUCUUUUAUUACUUUAUCAUCAUUGUGUUAAUUUAAACAAACUGUGUACUCAUGAUUUAGCCGUUUAUUAAAAAUAAAGUGAAGAUGUUUCAGAAAUGGAAAAUAAUUCUUGCGAACUGGAUUAACUGCUAUUUUGAAGAAAGCAGUAACGAAAAAUUUCCAGUCACACAAGAAUCCCUAUUAAACAUUAUAGUACAUUUGAGAGAAAAUUUUAAUUUGGAUGAAUCAAAAUCUUCUAUACUCAAUGCACACACCAUACAGGGAUUCAUAUCGGAAAAAUUUCCGAGUUUUAGGUUUGAAAAUGGUACAGUUGAACCAAACAGUGAAGAAGAAAUAUACAUUGCAGCCUCUUUAUUACUUUAUUUUGUGUGUGUUAAUUCUAAGGAUGUUGACAUUAAGAAGGCAAUGUGUUCCAAACUGGCCCCUGAUGAUCAGGAGGUUAUUCUAAAGUUCAGUAAAUGUUUGAUGGACUGUCGUAAUAUAUCUUUUAGGGAUGUCAUAACAGCAAUAACAGAAGCGUGUGGGCAAGACACAGCUGGUCCACUCCUCACUGUAUCGGAGACGCCUCCAGCAUUACGGUCCUUACAUAGUGAAGUCAGACACCUGAAAGCUGCUCUGGAAGCCGAGAGAUUUGACAGGAAUUAUCUUCAAGAGGAAUUAGCUAGAACUAAUUUAAAGAUGGAGAAGCUUGUUAAAGAUAAAGAGCAAUAUAAACAAGAUAUAGCAAACUUGAAGUUCAAAAUGCUGAGCUAUGGACAAGAGAAUGAAUCUCAGAAUGCUGAAGCCUCCAACAACAACGUAACCAAACUCAUGAGGGAUCUAGAGGAAACGGAGCAGCGCUUGGCCAAUGUUCAGGAAGAGAUGGAUGAAGUGACAUACGAAAGAGACACUUACAAGACCAAGGUGGAAGAACUUAAACGCGAACGAGAUAUGUUAUCUAGUUUAAAUCAGGAGGAAUCGCUCAAGAACAGCCAACUGACAGAGGAAUUAGAAACAGAGCGUAGACACGUGAACUCUCUGAAGGAAUUGGUCUCAGAGCUACGGCAACACAACAGACUGAACGGCUUGGACUCCAGCCAGCUUGAAUGUGAUGACUUGGAUGCCAGCGUACACUCACUACCCCAUAAUAUAUCCGUUUGCAGCGAGGUAUGUGUUAAUGUGGUUGAGGUGCAACUUAGCGAGGAGCGCGCUAAGAUCGUAGUUCUCAAACAACAGAUACAGACGUUGCAGGAUCAACUCACGGAUGUACAGAAAAAGUUUGAAGAGGAAAGCAAAAAGUAUUCGGUGAUUGUUUCUGAAAAAGAUACUGACAUAUUAAAUUUGAGACAUCGGAUUAAUGAAGAAAUUGAAGAAAGAAAUACAUUAAAAACACAAUGUGAUAACGAAAUGACGAAAUUGAAUAACGAGGUCAACGAACUCGAGCAAAGGUUGAGAGACACGGGCGAAAACUCUAGGAGGAUAAUAGAUUCUAAAAUUCAAGAGAUUCAAAUUUUACAAGAAGAGAAGCUUUCUUUAUUGAAGAGUUUGACCGACGAAACAACGAAACUUGGCAGCAUUAUACAGGACCUGAAGACGAGCUUGGACACCGAACGAAGCUCUAAGAUUAAAAUGAGGGAAGAGAUGGACGGUCAGAUAAUGAAAUUGAAAGAGAAAGUUCUCAAUAGAAACAACGAGUUGGUCGAGUUUCAAAACAAAAUAUUCGAGAAAGGUGAAAGGAUUGAAAUUCUGCAAUCCGAGUUGAAGAAAGAGAAAGAAUCUCACGGGGAUUUCGUUAACAAAUACAAUAACGACAUCAUGAAUUUAAAUACGAGAAUUCAAAUACUAGAAAAUGAUCUGUACAAAAAGUCUGAAGAAUUUAAAAACCUUGAUGAACAUUGUAAGGCAUUACAAACGGAGAUACAGUAUAGGGAUGAGAAAAUUAUUAUGUUACAAGUGGACAUUGAAAAACUCAAGACGGAACACGAGAAAGAGAAUCGGGAGUUGCAAUACAAUCUGGACGAGAUUAAUGCUACCGUUGGUACAUUGAAAAUACAACUACAGAAUGAGAUACAGUACAAAGUGACCGUGGAGACAGAACUACAACAGCUCAAAGAACAUCUCAACGAAGUUACUAAAGAAGUUGAUAGACUGACGAACACGAAUACAGAUUUAAAUAAAGAAUACAAACAAGAAUUGGAAAAGAACGUCAUAUUACAAGAGAGAUGCGCAGAGUUGGAUGAAGUCCUCGACAAGUUGAACAAAGAUAUUGUCGAAAAAGAUUCCAUCAUACAGACAGCAGAACGAAAUCUAUUAGAACAGAAAACACAGUUUGAAGAAUCAUUACACAAGUUGGAAGAAGUUCUUAAUUCAAAUAACUGUAAAUUAAUAUCGGAGACCAGUGAGAAAAAUACAUUGAUUCAAAAAUUAAAUUCACUGUCCCAAGAGAGAGAGGCGUUAAAUAAAGAAAUUAAUGACAAUCAUAAUACAAUAUCUAUUCUACAAACGGAAAUGGAAAAAUCAUUAGAAACUUCACAGGAAUAUAUAACAACUAUAAAGAGACUUGAAGAUGACAUCGUUGACAUCAAGAGACAGAAGGAAUUAGAUCAAAGGAAUUACGAUGUUGAAACGACCAAGCUUCUGACGAAAAUAAACGAAGCUAACAAGACCGUGAAGGAGCUGCAUACACUCAACAAUAACACCGUUAAAGCUAAGGAACUAGAAAAUGACACUUUGAGAAUGAAUAUUGGCAACAUUGAAGCGAGGCUGCAGAGUCAAUAUGAGGAAAAUAAUAAGUUAGAACAUGAAAAAACGGUUCUGAUUGAACAACUCGGACAGUUGAAUACACACAAGAACAACAUCGAAAAGGAGUAUAUCAAUAAAUGUGCCUUGUUGAACAAAGUGAGCGCACAGAUGAACGAGGAGAUAUUGAGGAAAAGCAAGGAGAUAAAGAUAUACGAAGAGGAAAUAAAAUCUCUGUUGAAAAUAAACAACGACAGAAAAGAAGAAAUUAACUAUUUGAAAUGUAAUAUUGAAAAGGAUAUACACGAAAGAGAUGCCAAAGUGGCGGAGUUAUGCAAAAAUAUUAAAAGUCUAGAUUCACAGUUGAUUGAUUCUCAAAACGAAUUGAAAAACGUCAUUGAGAAACAUUCACAAGUGGUUGAGGCGCUUCAGGCGGAAAAUGUCCAGUUGCACUACACCAUAGAGGAGGACAAUAGCAACCACGAACUGCUGGUUAAAGAGAAGGAUGCUGUGAUUGAAGAGUUGGAAACACGACUGAAGAAUGUUAACGACAGCAUGAAACUGUUACAGACAGACUAUGAAAACGAUAAACAUUUGUUUGAAAAGUUCAAAAUCGACGUUCAGGAAGAGAUAUUGAAACGGGAAGAGCAGAUAACGGAACUGAAUGAUAGAAUAAGUAAAUAUGAAAGUAAUAUAAAGGAGAAAGAAGCAGAAAUACAUAACGCUGACGCACAGAUUAAUAUAUUGAGGGAAGAGAACGCUGUGCUAGUGAAUGACUUGAAUACUUUGAGGAAGGCGUAUACAGAGAGCGCACAGAGCAACGACGUGCUGAAGGAAAGUCUUCACGCUGAGAAAUCAGCUAAAGACCUAAUAGAAAACGAAAAACUAAGUUUACAAAGAGAUAAUGAUUCUUUAGUCAAGAGAGUAUCGGACAACGAACAUGCUUACAAAAUAAUACUUUCAGAGAGAGACAGCCUGUUGAACGAGAAGGCGAUAUUAGUACAGCAGUUAAUGGAAGAACGAUCGGUCAGGAAAAUAGCAGAUGAAGGCAAGGAAGCGUUACUGAUGGAGGCCAGAGAGAUGAAUAGCAACUUGAAGUUGUUUGAAGAAAUGAAACAUAUGUUACUACAGGAAAAAGAAUGUCUAACGCAGCAGCUCGUCGAAGAACGACAUAGCAAAGAACUGGCUGAACAAGAAAAGGUAAAUAUCAUGGAAGUCAAACACGCGCUGGAAGACAAAUUGGCGGAAAAUAAUUCACUGAUAAAUAAUCUACAAGAAAAGAACUAUGCUCUACAAGAACAGGUACAAACACUGUCUACAAGCGUGGAUGAUUAUGUUAGGCUGAAUGAAAAAUUACAAGGCGAUACAAAACAGUUGCAAGAAGAAAUAGAUGAGUUAACGAAAGACAGUGAAACACAAAAGGAAGAAAUUACAAAGCACAUCGGAAAAGCAGAUGUACUGAAAACUGAAAUAGAAGCGCUCAGCAAAGAAAAUGAAUCAUUACUGAACACUUACAACCAAGCGAAAAUCACGCUCGACAAGACGGAGUCUGAGAAAAGAAAGGCUGAAAACAAAAUUUGUGAAGCAAACGAUAAAUUUGCUUCCGAAAUUGAGAAAAAACAGGAAGAAAUAAAGACAGUUUGGUUGGAAUACGAUCAACUUAAGGCGGAGUACAAAACUCUGGAAGAAGACAGAGAGAAAAUGUCCUCUUUAGUUAGUUGUGGACUAUCGAAAGUUAUAAGUUGUUUAAAGAAAGAUAAUAUUUGUAAAGAAAUUAUUCAACAUUGCGAUAAACAUAACGAAACAUACGAAGCUCAAUGUAACAUGAUAUUCGAUAUAAUAAACAAUUUAACGUCAGACUUAGUGCUACGGAAGAAUCUAGAAAAAGCUGUCGAACAAGGCAACACUGCUGUUAAGGACAUAACGGAGACGUUGAAACAAAAAGAGCUCUUAGUGAACAAACUACAAGUUGAAAUGAACGCUUUGAACAAAGUCAUAGAUGAUUCUAAAAUAGAAUUUGCAAAAAAACAAGAGAAAAAUGAUAAAUUGCUAGAAACAAAGACAAUUGAAAUACAACAUCUACUAUUAGAAAAUCAAACGCUUCGUAACGAACUUAACGAUGUUAAAAUACAGUUGGAAGUUAAGGUGCACUCUCUGAAAGACAAACUGAUAGACAACGAGAACCUGACGGACAAGCUGAAGAAAACAUACGAGUGCCAGAUAGAUAACUUGAACAUGAUGAUAUCAAAGCUGACGGCCUAUCUGAAAGAAAAGACUUCAGAGCUGGACGCGAUGAGGAAUGACAAGGAGAGAUUACAGCAAGCUCUCCAAGACAGCAAUACAGCAAUAAAGUCACUGGAAGAGGAAUUAAAAACUCAAAAACAAAAUCAAGAAAAACUCAUAAGCGACUUUGAAUCAGAGCGACUUGUUCUCAAGAAUAUGGUGACUGUCACUGAAUCUGUUAUGGAGGAUCAGAAGAUCGGUCUGAACAAGAUUAUAAGUGAUAAUAUGAAAGAGAGAGAACAUUUGAUGAAUGAAAUAAAAGCCAUGAAAGAAUCUACAGACAACGAAAGAAAGGAUUACGAGAACAAAAUCAUGGAGAAAGAAGUAGUGUUACAAACGAUGUUCAAAGAAUUAGCCGACCUCAGAAACGAAAAAGACACUUUAGAAAUGAACACGAUCUCACAAACUAAUAUGUAUGAAAAUAAGAUCGAGACUUUGGAAGGAGAUAUUGUUAAGAAAACACGGGAAGUGGAGAGAUUAUACGAUGAAAUAAGGGACUUGAAUGAUGCAUUGAAUAAAUAUAAAGAUGAUAUAACCGCCUUAGAGGAAAUGAAUAAUGAAUGGAAAAUUAAAAACGAUUCAAUUGAAAGCGAAUUUGGAGAUAGAGUAAAAAAAUUACAAGAAGAUUAUGAUGUUCAAAGAAAAUAUACGGAAGAUUUAAAAGAAGUCGUAGAGAAGAAAUCAAAGGAAAAUAACGAACUACAAAAAGUCAUAGAGGAUUUAACAAAUAAGGUGGAGGCAAUGAAAAAUGAUGUAGCUCGGUUUGAAAACAGCAAGGCAGAAUUAUUGGAACAGAUAAAUAACUUAAAUACAGAAUUAGAAAAUGAGAUAAAAGCCAAAGAGGUUUUAAAGGUUAAAAAUACAGAAAUAUUCAACGUCCAGAAAGAAAAGGAAUCAGCGCUGUCAGAUCUGCAAAAACAAUUGCAAAUCGAAUUAGAUAAACAAAUAGAAAAUGGUAAAGAGAUAUUAAAUCUUAACAACAAAUGCUCCAUACUAGAAGAGUAUCAAAUUAAAGCUGACACGGAACUUGAAAGACGUCAAAAGGAUAUCGAUGCUUUACACAACGAGAUUAAGACACUCCACGCUCAAGUAGAAAAUAUAAUGAGCGAGAGAGACAGAGAUAUUCGAUGUCUCAAAGAGGAAAGAGACGCAAAUAAAGAUCUCGAAAAAGAAAUAACAGAAGAUAAAGACAGUCUAGAAAUUCUUAAAUGUGAAUUGAAAUUAAAGGAGGAAGAAAUAACAGAAUUAAAGAGAAAGUUGGCCGGGAAGGUGGAAGAAGAAGACGUUAUACGCAUUUUAAGAAAGGAAAAUGAGGAAUUGAUCAGAGCUAUUGGACAAAGAGAAACUUUCUCCGUUGUCGGUCAGGAAAGGUCAAGCGUUCAAUAUUCUGGACAAACCGAAGGCCGCGUCCUCAAACAGGUAGAUAACACAUCUGACACACUUUCGUCUUUGGAGAGCAUUAAAACCAUUUCAGACUUAGAAAAGAUAGUAGAGGACAAGAACAGGACAAUAAAGACAUUGCAAUGUGACGUGGCGUUCAUGAAAACCUUGUUCGCCGAGUCUGAAAACAAACUCCUAGACGUGACCAGGGAUCUGGAGAUGAGCAGAGAGAACUGUCAGCAGCUGUCGAAUCAAUUGAAGAAGAUCGUCCAUCAAAAGAACGAGGAGAUAGCCGACCUGAAGAAACAAGUCACCAAGAUGAGUGUCACGGAAAAUAGAGCCACGCAAAUAAUAAAAGUGUCGGCGAAAUAUCAAGCUAUCAUAUUGAAGAGGAUCGCCGAAAUAAAGUCCAAUACGGUGCUGAAGGAACUGACGAACUUUGGAAACACGAACUGUGAUAACGAGCUACGAAGGAGUUUGACCUCCGGCAGCAUCACCAUGGAAGACUUGGAGAACUUCCUGGAGACCACCGAGAGACAUCUGAGACGUUGCUCCGAGAAGCAGAUAUCAUUGCAGAAGGAACGGGACCGGCUCGCUGAAGUGAACAAAAUAAACGAAUCUGAAAUAAUAAACAUGCAAAAGUUCCUAACGGAAAUGUCAGUGAGCGUUAAGACUUUCAAUUCGUUCAAGGAGUUGUAUUCACAGAAGUUGACCAAAGUGACGUCCAUACAACGGACGGUCAGACGGGAGAUAUUGAACCUCGAGAACAAUAUAACGGACUCCGCCAUGUGUAGGUUAGAACGCGGGUACGCCGCAGCCAUGCAAGACUUGUCAGAGUGUGCUAUGAACUUCCAAAGGUGGAUGGAACGUUGCAUAUCUCGUUCGAUUUCCUCGGAGAAGAUCAAGCAGGCGUUCUACAGUGAAACGGACAGAGUAUCUCUGACUUCUGGGAGCUUCCAGAACGCUGGGUUGGAAGUUCAACUGGAUGAAUUGGAUUGUAAGUUCCAGAAGCUUCUAGAAGAAAUCACACGAGCGCAGAAGGGCGAGGGCGCUAAGGACGUCCAGUCGCUUACCGUUUUGGAGGUACGAGCGGAAUACGAGGACAAACUCAACAGGAUGAAGGCGAAAAUGAAACAAUUGUACCAAGAACAGAUAACCAUAUUCAAAGAGAAGCAGCGACAGGAGAUUUUGAAUUUGGAACAAGAACUGCAAAAGGCACGCCAAGAUCUGAGAGAGUCGAGCCGAGGUUACGAGGAGUAUAUAAAGGAAUUGACGAAGGAGCUGUGGAACGUUGGAGAGAAGUUUGUGAUGAAACACGACGAGGCGGAGUGGCUCAGGAAGAAACAGAGGCACGGCUCGCUCAUGUCACUGCAACAUGUACAUUCGUCUGGCCUCGUUCCUCUUCAAGAACCUCCUCGACCGUCAGACACGCAUUCUCUCCGGUCGCUGCCUGUGAAUAAUAACGACAAAACAAAAGAAGGUCGCACCCUUCACAUGUCUGAUGAGGAAGGAGAGGUGUUCGACAAUCGUUGGCUGCGAGAGUUAGCUUCGACGCCGCGAGCUCACCCUCGAGAGUCGCACCCUCAGGAGCCGCACCCCCCGCACCGCUUAUCAGAGCUGCGCUGGCGUAACUCACUCUGCCCGCCACAUCUGAAGAGCUCGUAUCCCGCUGAGACGCAGUUCGUCUCCGCGUUGCACGAGGAAGACAUCAAGAACCCCGGCGGUCCGAGCAUGUCUCUGGGCGGUCGUCAACGUAAAGAGGUUGGCAUCACGGCGUACAAGAAGCCCGGGCCCCCCACACCCAGCAAGCAGGCCGGCCGACUGUCCGCUACUGACUCGGAGCUCCGGGAGUGCGUGCGUGAGGCGAGAGACGGAGCUACCAAGCGAGGGACUCCUUCACGGAUACGAGCCUUGUUCAGAUCGAAGAAUGACACCGUAGAGGGCACACCCAAAGGCAGGAGAUUGAGCAACAUUUUUAGAAAGAAAUGACAUUCGCCGGAUGUCUCGUUGGACUCGCGUUUUGGUUGAAUAAUAAAAUUCUAUUAACUUAUUAUUAAAGAUCUUUCAAUAAAAUGUCCCAAAUAUUA